GUUCUUCAUACCUGAGAUUCUUUUUUGUAUAUGUAUAGUUUAUUUUGAAAUAUUCAAAUAUUAAUUUUCAAACCACUCAUUACAUUGUUUUGUGUUUUGUCUUUCAGAAGCUCAGUGUCAACUUAACAUGAAGUCUAAGUUAAUUAAAAAGUUCCAGUGUGUGUUUGAGGGGAUUGCUAGAACAGGCAACCCAACUCUUCUGAACAAGAUCUACACAGAGCUCUACAUCAUAGAGGAGGAGAAUACAGAGGCCAGUGAUAAACAUGAGCUUUCAGUCUACUGAAGGAAGGAGAGAAAGACCUGAAGAAAAGCUUUGACUGAUACCAGGAAGCAGCUUUUAGUCGUGUCAAUGCUCAGAGCUGAAAUGGAAUGUCUCUUUCAACUCUGGGGACUGCAAGGAAAAAAACUAUGAAGGUAGAAAGUGUGUGUGAGCUGAGGUGAAUUCAGCAGCAUGGAUCAAUGUGAAGACACAGAUGAGACCGUUCCUUUGCUCCGGGGUCAGAAGAAUCGGAGCAAAGCUCAGAGUGCAGGACAGCAGAGCACACAGCAUUCUGCAGGACCUGAAUCAGAACCCAGCAGCGAGUCCUCCAAUCCGGUCUCAACAUGUCUGCAGUGGUGUUGCAUUCUCUGUAAUACUCAGAGACCAAACUCCCCUGAAGCUGGACCUGAACCCAUGCCAGAAUCUCAGCCAGUACUGGGAUUUGAACCAAGACAUGAACCUGAGCCUAAACCCAUACCUGAACCAGUACUUACUGAAUCAGAACCUGCUGAAUCAGAAGUAGAGCUUAUGUCUGAACCUGCUGUAUUUGAACCUGAACCCACACCUGAACUUGUGCCAGGACCUCAGCCAGUAAUGGAAUUUGAACCAGGAUCUGAAUCUGUUCUUAAACCUGAGCCUGAACCUGUGCCUGAAUCUCUACCUGUUGAAGUAGAAGAGCAACCCGGACCUGAACCUGUCUCUCAGCCUGAAUGUGUUCCUGUAAUCAUUCAAAAUCAGCUUGAUGCUGCUGCACCCAGUUCUUCCAGGUCACAGAUCCACAGACUUGGCAAAGCGAACUCUGAGGAUCAGGAUAAACGAUGCGAAGAGAUUCGCACACUGUGGGACGACCAUUCUGAACUAAAGCGUUGGCUGGUGGAAACUUUGGAAGAUUUGGACACCAAGGAGCUGAAAUAUUUCCACUGGUACCUGCAGAAUGCAGAUGAAUCAGUGGACGGCUUCAGUUCGAUUAGAAAGAGUCGUCUGGAGCAUGCGGACAGGUUGGACACUGUAGAUCUGAUGGUGCAGAUGUACACCACCACCACCAGAGAGGUGACGGAGAAGAUUUUAACAAAGCUCAAUAGCAUUAAAGAAAAACGUUUUCCUGAUGAGAUGCUGCAGGAUGAUCCUUCCAUUCCAGCUGCUGCAGCAGAUAAAGAGGUGUCCCUGAUGCUGAGUGACUUUAUUAAGAAAGUGUCAAAAGAAACCCUUACACAGCUCUUGGAGUCUCUGAUAACAGAAAACGUUCUGACUGAUUUGGAAAGGGAUUCCAUACUCGAGGAGAACCACACCAGAGCAAAUAAGGCCAGCUGCUUUGCUGAUAUUGUGAGGGAAAAAGGAGAUGAAGCCUGCAAGAGGAUGAUUGUACAUCUUGAAAUAAUAAAUCAUUCACUAUUCUCUGAGUUGGGUUUGCCCUCUGGACACAGAUCUAAAUCUGAAACUAUAUCACAGCCUGAAAAUAUACCUGAGCCUGCACCUGUACCUCGUCCUGAGCCUGAACAAUAUUCAUCUUCUCCUCAGAAUCCUCAGAUCCACAGACCUGACAAUGUGGUCUCCGAGGAUCAGGAUCAGCACACAGAGGACAACCAUGCUCAAUGGCUGCAGGAAACUUUAGAGGAUUUGGACAUCAGUGACCUGAAGGAUUUCCAGCAGUACCUGUGCAAAUCAGAAAUAGACCUGGAGAUACUACUAAAGGAUCUGGGCUUGGAGCAGUACUACAGAGAGAAGCUGUCACUCAGCAAGAUACAGGAGAUUGAUGAGAAGACCAUUAACGAUGAGCCUGUGAAGUGCAAAUCAAACAUUCCCUGGUAUUUUCUAAAGAAACUUAUGAUGGUUAAUGUGACAGCUAGGGAUACAAAAUGCACAUCAGUAGGUGAGCCAAACUGCAACGAUACAUGGGCUUUAAAAUUAAACAUUAAAUCAGAUACAGAUGACAGGUUAAACGCUCUUGACAUAAUCACUGCUCUCUUUCUCUGUUCUGAUGGUUUUGUACAACAAGAAAUGGCACUAAAAAUGUCAAUGUGUCAGUUCUCUGUACCUCUGCUGCUUCCCAACUGUGACACGACACAGUGUACACUCAUGCUGUGGGCCAUGAGAGGCAUUGUGAAAAAGUACAGACCUCAACAUCUUUUAGAAUCCAAAGGCUUCAAUGAAGAAAGAAUUGUUCAUUCUCAACUUCCAAUGGUCUCUUUUGUGAGACUGGGUGAAUGCUCCUUGUCCAAGUCAGAGAUCCUCAACAAGCUUCUGAGCAGUUCUCAGCAGUACCAUGACACCUUUGUUCACCACAACAUGGAGUGUGGAGACAGUCCAAGAAAAAUAUCCAAUGGACUGACUGAAAUUACCUGGUACUUUCCUUGUGGAAACCACAACAUGGACAUUUUUGUUGAGCCAGUUGCUAUAGCUAACCUUCAUGGUGACAUUGCUUCAUUUGAAACACAAUUCUCCUUUCUAUGUCAGACCUCUGCAGCAGUGUUUCUAUUCUUUGAUAAUUUGGACUCUGGAUGUAAGCUGCUAAUGAACCAAAACCACAAAGCACAGAUCUUCUUGGUAGGAAACCAACAGAACAAGAGCUUCAGUUCAAGCACUUUGAAGGAGGUAGCAACCAAGUUAAAACUGACCCACAACAACAUCAUAAUAAAGACAAAACAGAAAAAUGACUUAGACUUUGUGAAAUGUUUGAGAGAAUCAAUCAGUAAUGUAGUUGGGAACUCGAGGAUGAAGAUGUCAGUAGAGCAGAUGGCUGAUGUGGCUCAUGAACUGGGAAUAUUGGUUGAUGAAGAUUCUCCAGAGUGCCAGGCUGGAAAGCAAAAAGCAGAUGCCAUCACUGAAGACAUUACAGACAUCCUUAAAUACAAAGAAGAUCAGCUUCCCUUGCAAGGAGAAACAUGGAAGGAACUGACGUUCUUGGAGAAGGAAGAAUUUCGACUUAGAAAAGUUGGUUCUGAAAACAUAGAGCAGUACAAGAGUGAUCUUCAGGUGCAUAAAGAUAAACUGAGGAAAAAGCAGAACUCUUAUGACAUGUCAGCAGCUAUGACUUGUUUCAUUGAUGCCAUAUCCAGCUCAAGAACAGAGAGGUGUUAUUUCCUGAAAUGGAUGCGAAUGAACCUUGAUAACUUAUCUUGUAGAAAACUGUCUGGACUCAGGGAGCUGUACAAAGAGAAGUGUAAAGGUUCUGAGAACAAAGAAGAGAUCAAAGAAAUUGACAGACAACUUUCCAACAGCUCACUGGGAACUGAACACUUCUUCCGUGAAAUGGGUCAGAUCUACGAAGCUUCGGUUUCCCUUCCAGAAACAGACCCUUACCGUAAACAGUUGCAGCAUCUGCCCAAACUCAGUGCACAGUUGUUACUUGAUGGAUUUCCUCUUGAGCUUGUAGAUGGAGAUGCUUCCAACAUACCUCUCAGAUGGGUGAGUGAUGUUCUCUCUCAGCUCAAUGACUUGGUGUCUCCAAAGAACAAGAUCAUGGUCGUCACAGUGCUUGGAGUUCAGAGCACAGGAAAGUCCACUCUCCUUAACACCAUGUUUGGAGUUCAGUUUGCAGUCAGCAGUGGUCGAUGCACUCAAGGUGCCUUCAUGCUGCUCAUCAAAGUCAAUGAAGACGUCAAAAAAGAUCUCAACUGUGACUUCAUGGUGAUCAUCGACACUGAGGGCUUAAAGUCACCAGAGCUGGCACAGCUGGACAACAGCCAUGAACAUGACAAUGAGCUUGCAACACUUGUCGUGGGGCUGAGUGAUAUCACCAUUAUCAAUAUUGCAAUGGAGAAUUCAACCGAAAUGAAGGACAUCCUGCAGAUAGUGGUGCAUGCUUUCCUCAGGAUGAAGGAGGGGGGAAAAAAGCCCAAAUGUCAGUUUGUUCACCAGAACGUUUCUGAUGUUUCAGCCCAUGAGAACAACCUGAGAGACAGGAAACUGCUCUUGCAACAGCUGAAUGAGAUGACCCAGGCAGCAGCUAAAAUGGAAAAGAAAGAGAAGAACAAGAGCUUCACUGAUGUGAUGGAGUACAAUCCAGACACUGGGAACUGCUACGUUCCUGGACUCUGGAAUGGAAACCCACCAAUGGCACCAGUCAAUGCAGGAUACAGUGAGGCUGUUUAUGAGCUCAAGAAAAACAUCCUCCAUCUACUGGGAGAGAGUGAAGCAUCUGCUAAUAACAUCUUGGAGUUUAGAGAAUGGAUGACCAGUCUGUGGAAUGCAGUAAAACAUGAAAACUUCAUCUUCAGCUUCAGAAACAGCCUCGUAGCUGAUGCAUACAUGAGACUCUGCACAGAGUUCAACAAAUGGAAGUUGGAGUUCAAGAAAGAAAUGUACACCUGGGUUACCAAAGCAGAGACGAGAAUCUCUAAUUUUGGUACAGUUGCUGCAACAUCUGCAGCAUCUGACAUGACACAACUCCUCACUCAGCUGAAAAUUGAAGCUGCAUCAGUGCUGUCUGAAUGGGAGACCAAGCUCCUGGACAAUCUGAAGGAAUACUUCAAGCAAACAGAGGGUCAUGUUUAUCUGGUUGAAAGAUACAGAGAGGAUUUUAUCAACAGUGCAAAGAGCCUUCGACGAGAAUUAGAAAACUCUGUAAUUAACCAGCUCACAGCAGCAGCUGAUAUCAGACGGGGAAUGAAAGAACUGGAUGAAAUCAAGAAGAAUCACACAACAGUAAUAGAGAAAGCAGUGUGUGAGUUAAUUGAUGAAUGUCGAAAGAAAAAAGUUGAGAUGACAGAGACAGAGCUGGACACGGAAUUUGAUAAGAUGUGGAGUGAAACACUCAAUAUGUUGUCCUUCUCUAGACAAAACCCCAAAGAUGUCUAUGACAGUGUGUCCCACUGUCUGAGAAAUAAUCUGUCAACAAAGGGGAGCCAUGCUCAUAAACUUUUGAGUGAAAAAAACAUCAAAGAUUGUGGGUUGGAACCUUUUAAAUGCAAAGCUGAUGGAACCUGGAAACAAUUUAAAAAUGUAUUAACCACAUUGUCCUUUAAAGAUUUUGUCAAGAUGAGACAAGAAAAAGCUGACAGCAUCAUAGAUUUCAGCACUCAGUUUGUAGCUGAAAAACUGGGAAGAAAAUGUGAUUAUCAUGACACUUACAUUCAGGAGAUCCUUCACAUCAUUGAUGAACGUCUAGAAAAAUUGCCUGAUAUGAACAGAGAUAUUGAGUUUGAGGUUUCUCUAAAACAGCACAUCUGUGGAUUUGCAGCCAGAUGCUUUCAGGAAAUGCAUUUAGAGUUUCUACGUGUCAACGAUCCUCGUAGAUGUCUGGAUGAAAACAAAGAAAAGUUCCGAGAUGAUUUCAAAGAUGUGUUCCAUGAACGAGACCAGUGUCAGAAGAAGGCUGCAGAAUUCACAGAACAAUGUCUGAAGCCUGCUGUUGAGGACUUUGUCAACCGUUCCCUUGAUCCUGAUAUCAUUGAUGAAAUGCUGACGAAGGAGCAGUUCAGCACACGAAAGUCCUUCCAGUAUUCACUUUUACUGGAUAUGCUAUCAGAUGAUAAGUUUGAUGAUUUCUACAGAUAUUGUUCUUCUUAUGAAAUUUAUGUAAAAGAAAAAAUUCUUCAACAAGUGAAGAAACAUUUUUCAAACAGCUCUGCAACGUUUGAGUUUGAGGACAGACACCUUAAGUCAAGGUUCAACAGCAUAAAUGACGCCAUCAAACACACCAAAGAAAAGAAGUGCGGUGACUUGAAGACAUUUGUUGAAGAAAUGUGCAAAGAACUUUGUAAUAAACUGGUCAUUUCCCAGGAUGCCCUUGGUGCUUUCAUGACCCUGAACAAUUCUGACCAGGAUCAGUUUGCUUACUGGCUCACAGUGUCUGUGGAGGACAUGGCAGAAACUCUCAGAGUGAAGUUCAAAACUACACCCUUUGAAACAAAACUCAAACGUCUCCAUGUGAAUCCUCAGAAUGAGCUUUUCAACAUAGUGGUUGGUUGUGGAAAACAGUGUCCAUUCUGCAAAGUUCCCUGUGAAGCAGGAGGAAGAGCCCACCCUGAACACUUUGCUGUUUUGCAUCGGCCACAGGGUCUGGGUAAUCGCAGGUUUACCGCAACAGGAAAAUUCGUCACUGACAUUUGCACAUCAUCCGUGAUCAGUGACAACAGAUUUUACUGUGCCACAAAUGGUAAAUGGCAUCCUUACAAGAAUUACAAAGAAUUUUUUCCAGACUGGAACAUCUUUCCAGAUUCCAGCCUUGAGGCAUCAGACUACUGGAAAUAUGUGAUGGUAAAAUACAACAAAGAUUUUGCCAAAGCUUAUUAUGCAGAACCUGCUGACAUCCCUGAUUCUUGGACAAAGAUCUCAAAAGGAGAGGCAAAAGCGAGCCUUCAAGUUUCAUUUGGGAUUAAAUGAGGAUGUUAUUCCUCCUAAACUCUUUCUCAUCUCUAGAGAAAUACAUUGAGAAUGCCCACUGAGGGCUCUUAUUUAUGUUUUUAUGUACACUAAUGGUGAAAGGUUUGGACAAGAAGGCCGAAGAAUUCACCCGGAGCCAGAAGUUAGGGAUUUAAUUGAUUGUUUCCUGCUGAUAUCAUUGAUUAAAUACUUGCCAACAAACAGUUCAGCACAAGGACGUUUUCCAGUAUUCAGUUUUACUUGAUUUGCUUUCAUAGGAUGACUAUAAAAGCUAUUUGUGCUACAUUUGUUCAUAUGAGAAUUAUGUUAACAAAAAGGAUUCUCCAAUGAUUCUUUAUGAUUUCGCCAAAGAAUACAAUGCAGAACCUGCUGACAUUCCUUGUUCUUGGAGAGAAAUCACUUAUGAAUAUGGGAAUAUGCAAAAGCGAGGCUUCAAGAGUUUUACAGGAUGAAGUGAGCCUUUUUUUUUUCUCAGAAGCUGCUUCUAGUCUACUGAGGGGGAAAUGGAGGGUCCAUGCCGAAAGGACCCAUAUUUAUUUAAUUUUAUUUUUUCAUUUAUUGGUGUAUGUGUGUGCUCAUAAAACAAGUUCAUUUAAUCAAAGUUGAUUAAAGUAUUUACUGAUUAUUGUGGCUGUAUAGAAUUUACAUGACAAAAAGGCUUUGCUGUCAUCCGCAUGGAAAUAUUAUUAUUAUUGUACUUUUUACAAUUAAGUUUUUUUAAUACAUAUGAAUAUAUUUUAACAGAUUUGAAGCAGAACUAAUUAAUCUUUUAUUGUAAUAAUGUUGUAUUUUGUGCUUCUUUUCAGCUGAUUGGCAUGAAGAUGUACAUCAGCUACUUGGUUAGAUUUUAGUUUCAGGGCAUAUGAAAAGCUGGGUUUCUGAAUUCACUGCUCAAUGGAUAAAUAUUACAAAAGUAGAAGCAAGAGAUCAACAGUUAUUAAACAUAAAGUAAGGAUAUUAUUCUACAUAACUUCUAGUCAAAAGAAGGAUGCACCUAACUGUCUUAAAUUCAUUAUUUUAUUGUCUCUUGUUUUUUUUUUAUUUUUGUAAAAAAAAAGGGUGAAAUUUAUUAUUUAGCUCAACUCUCAGUCUAAUUUAAGUUUUCUUACAUCUAAUUCUCUUUGUAAUCAGCAGAAAUUAUUGAAAUCUGCUGCUUUGGUUUAAAAGGCUUUUAUUGACUGUUUUGUUUCGGUAAAAAAAAAUAUAAUGUUUGUGAUUUUUGGAAGAAUUGUAGAAUUUCUUUCAUAUAACAAAAAGUUUUAAAGGAAAUAAAUCUGCAUUCUUUAUAUUCAUGGGGUAAUCACAAUAUCUGAAAACUUAAUAAAGGGACAAAAUCUGCA